GAAGAUCGAAUAAGCAAUCGAUGCUUUUACAAGAGCAAUGCUUCUAAAUGAAAUGCAACUAGAGACUAACCAAACGCCAGAAAAAGAAACCACGAACAGUGAUAAGAAACAUAUUUCACCAAAACCUUCCCCCAUAAAAAGCGAAAGGAUAUCAUCGUCUUAUUGCGAUGCGGAUGAGGUGAGAUCGAACGGUAGCAGCGCUUCAUCCUCGAAUCGAUCGGUCACGAACAGCCAAAGGGUGCGGAGUCAUGAAACGCUGUUGGUGCGCACAGAGAGCGAAGAGUCGAGCAACAACGUCGAUGAGAGUAGUCGGCUCUCUUCCCCCGACAACAGGUCGGAUUAUAAAGCUUUCGACGUUAUAUCCGCCAAGAGUAAUCCGAGCAGAUGCAACACACCAGACGCCGAUUCCAUUCAUUCGGACGCGGAGGUGGACGUGGAACUCGAGGGAUCGAGCUCGGACAGUCCAACAAAGCUUUCGCUGGAAUCGCUUAUCGAUGAAGACGGCGACGAGGACGAAGCCGUCGGUGACUACGUAACGCCCAUUUCCUCCAGAGCUCCAUCAGAGAGCUCGAAUGACGAGGAUUCGAGGGAUGGCCGCUUUAGUCCUUCGAUGGUGGAGUUGAAUAACCGCACCAACGGCGUCGGUGAAGAGACGGAGGAUUUUCAAACUGGCGAGGUUAAGGGUGCGACCAAAAUUGGUGCCGUGAGAAAUUCUGCAGGAGAUGUGAAGAUAAUGACAGGCAUUGGCAAUUCACCAGUUCGAAAAAGGAUGUCCUAUACAUUAGAUGACGAUUUGAAAAACAAUUCCAGCGUCACCGUAUACAACAACAACAACGACGAUCUCACGACUUCUAAAAAUUCGAGCCCAAGGAGAUUUAUAAAUCAAGAUCGAUCGUUGAAGGACACGCACUCGGGUCAAACUCCGCCACUUCGAAUUGGUUUUAACAACGUUAAACAAGUCGUGACUACCGACGUUACCGAUGAAGCUGACGAUGUCAUCGUCAAGCCUCAGAUGUCACGCCAGAUGCAGCAGCCAAUUGAUAUUUCAAAAAGAUCGUGUAAAGUAUCCCCUUGCAAAAUAAAAUCGCAGUUAAAUUGCAAAAGAACAGUUUCAGUGCCGGGCAAUCAUCGACAUUAUGACAAACCCGUGGAGAAGUCGAAGAUAAUACGACAGUGUUUUGAACAGCUGGAAAGCAAAAACUGGGAAAUAACGUUAAAGGGGUUAAAAGUCUUAUCGGAAAUAGCCAAGGACGAGCCUGAAUUAUUAGAUAGUUGUACACCUGGACUACUAGCUCGUGUCCUCGGCAAGAAUGUGACAAAUUUGCGCUCCCAAGUAGCAAGAGCCGCUUGCUCGGCAGCUACUCAGGUGUUCGCCACACACAUUCGAGGCAUCGAUCAGGAUCUUGAUGAGAUAGCAGGACCGCUUUUGCAUAGAACCGCUGACACUAAUAAAUUUCUUCGCGAGGACUGUAAUAGUGCUUUGGACAGCAUGGUGGAACAUUUUCCACCACAUCGAACAAUCGUAACUAUCGCGAAUCGCGGUGCUAGUCAUCAAAAUACUAUUGUUCAUGCAACGACUGCACGGCUGUUGCUUGUUACCGUCACUAAAAUCGGUUCGGAGCAUGUGAUGAUUUUACCACGGGAUGUUAAAGAAAAAUUAUUUGCGACAACAGCGAAACUUCUCACCGAUGGAAAUUUGCAAUCGAGGAAAUAUGCGAAGGAAACUUUUAGACUCUUGUCGCAAUGCGAGGGAUUCCGAAAAACAUUGACUGAUGCCGUGCCGGAAAAUACUCUAAGACUCAUUGAUAAAACUUUGAGAUCACUAUAAUUAAUAUGUAUAUAAAAGGAGG